GUUAUUUCCUCUUCCUUCCUUUCUACCUUCAAAUCUUCAAUCAUUCAUAUUCUAUAUCUUCUGUGCUCUUCUAUAACUACUAUAUCAUGUACUCUUCUAUAUCUUUCAACCUCUGCACAUCUGUUAUGUCCCGAGAAGAGUAUUUUGACAGUAUUUGGAUCCCAUUUGAAGAGUUAAAAUCAGCCACCAACAAUUUCGAUGAUAAAAAUCUUCUCUCACAAACUUCUUCCACAAAUAUAUACAAAGGACAACUCAUGCAAUCGUCACGAGAAUUCAUCAACAUUGUUGUACGGAUAUCUAUGCGACGACACAUUGCAAACAACGAGAUUAUUAUGCUAAAAGAUCUCAAGCAUGAAAAUGUUGUUCCUACUUUUAAAAUAUGUGGGACGGCUGAUACUCUAGUGAUCAUAAACAAGCACGAGGUGAAUGAGAGCCUAGACAAACAUCUAAGUAAUAGCUCAACACUCAGUUGGAUGCAGAGACUGCAUAUAUGUGUUGGUAUAGCACGUGCAUUGUGUUAUCUUCAUCAUGAUGCCGAAGCGAAUCAUAGUGUGAUACACGGUAACAUCAAGAGCUCUAAAAUUUUACUUGAUCACCACUGGGAACCCAAGUUACAUGGUUUUGGCUUUGCUGUUAGAGCUAGAAGAAAUCAUCUGUACCUUACAGAUAUAUACAAUGGCUCAUUAUUAUAUAUGGAUCCAGCAUUUGAAACCACGGGAGGUUUGACAAAUAAGUCAGAUGUCUUCUCUUUUGGUGUUGUUCUGUUUGAAGUCCUGUUUGGAAUGGUAGCAUCAUUUGUUCCCACUCCAGAUCACUAUGAUAAUUGGUAUUUUGCUCGAAUGGCCCGAGCUAGUUAUGAAGAGAAGACACUGGAUGAUAUGAUCCAUUUCGAUCUCCAAGAACAAAUGAACCUGGAAUCGUUUAACAUCUUCUCCGAGACAGCUUAUUUUUGCUUAAAGGAGGAGCGGUCACAACGGCCAGAUAUGAACAAAGUUCUCCAACGACUUGAGCGAGCAUUGGAACUUCAAUACAAGCAUGAUCAAAGUCUUGUUUUAUCCAACCGCUUGAAGGUGAAUAUUUUGGAUCACUUAAGAUUUCGAUUGAGUGAUAUACAGCUGUCGACAGACAAUUUUUCUGAUGCAUAUCGUAUUGGAUCCGGUGGAUAUGGUGCAGUGUACAAAUCAAAACCUGGCUCUUUUGACGGCAUAUGUUCGUCAACAGCCACAAAAGGCGAGAGUCAAGCUGAAUUUCCAGAGAAGCGUAACACAAUAGCUAUUAAACGUCUAUUUCGUAGGGUAGACGGGCAAGCAGAACAAGGGUUCUUAGCGGAAAUUGAACUUCUUAGCAAAUGUAAGCAUCCAAAUAUAGUUUCUCUUAUUGGCUUUUGUAACGAAGAGCAAGAGAUGAUUCUAAUUUACGAAUAUGCUUCUAAUGGAAGCCUCGAAGAUUAUUUGGGAAACAGUGAUAAGAUUACUAAUCUUACUUGGGCUCAACGUAUAAAAAUAUGCAUUGAUAUUGCAUAUGGAUUAGAAUACCUUCACAAAGCUACAGAAGACAAAGAAUGCAUGAUUCACAGAGAUAUAAAGAGUGCAAACAUUCUAUUGAAUGAUAAGUGGGAGGCAAAGAUUGCAGAUUUUGGGCUCUCCAAGCUACACCCAACAUAUAACCAACAUAGCACCCUCAUCAGUGGUAAUAUUGGCGGUACCCAAGUUUACUUGGAUCCAGAAUAUCUGGAAACAGGUAAGUUGAAAACUCAAUCAGAUAUCUACUCUUUUGGAGUAGUUUUGUUUGAAAUAAUGUCUGGUAACUUGGCAUAUGACAAAAUGUACAAUACAACGGGCCUUCCAUUAAUGGCACGUCAAUGUGUUAAUGACAAAACUAUAGAGAAGUUGGUAGAUCCACAGUUGAAGGAAGCUUAUGGAGAUAAUUCUGGGCCAAAUGAUGGGCUCAAUCAGGAUUCAUUGUACACAUUUUCAAAAAUAGCAAGUCAAUGUGUGGCCAAAGCUCAGGUUGAACGUCCAACAAUUGAUUUCGUCAUCAAAGAACUUGAGAAAUCGUUGAACCUUCAAAAUUAUGGGAACGACAACCUCCAAAUUUCACUUGAAGCCAUAAAACUAGGCACACAAAAUUUCAAUGACUACAACUGCAUUGGGAAAGGAAGAUUCUGGAGGCUAUAUGGAGGAGAAAUUUUAUUUGAAAGUUCUACUGUUCGUACCCCCAUUGUUGCAAAGAGAUUUGCGUCGGAUGAAGGAAACUCUCAAUUCAUGAGAGAGCUGAAAAUUCUUUUUGAGUGUAAGCACAAGAAUAUCGUUGGUCUCGUAGGGUAUUGUAAGGAAAUGGGUGAAAAAAUCAUUGUUUGUGAGCAUGCGUCUAACGGAACACUCGAUAAGCAUUUGGACAAUCCUGAUCUUACAUGGAUGAAACGCCUCAAGAUAGGCCUUGAUGUUGCAAGGGGAUUGGAAUAUCUACACACAGGUGGCAUUACAAAAGAUACUCGGAUACUACAUAGAGACAUCAAAAGUAGUAGCAUUCUACUUGAUGUUGAUUGGAGGGCUAAACUUUCUAAUUUCGAGGAGUUUUCAUAUGAUAUGGAACGCAAGAUGCUUAAACAUAUUGAUGAUGAUAAUGCAUAUGGCUCACUGAGCUACUUAGACCCACGGUACAAAAAGUGGGGUUUUUUUGAUAAAUGGUCAGAUUUGUAUUCAUUGGGUGUGGUUUUAUUGGAAAUGAUGUUAGGGAGACUGACUUGUGUAGAGGAAAUUGAGGAAUUUUCUUUGGCCAAAGUGGAUGAGAGGAUAUUUGAGGGUAUAAAGGAACAAAUUGUGCCACGAUCAUUAGAUGUAUAUUCUGCCAUUGAGUUGGUUGAACAACUUACGUUGGCAUUGGCAUACCAAGGGGAUUAUGAGAUAUGGAGGCCCAAACUCCCCAUGGACUAUGAAAAACUAUUAUAUAUGUCAGGUGUUCCCAUUAUUUCGGGAAGGUUUAAGGAUGUUUACGACAUGCUAUGCGAUGGAUUCCUCUUUCAAGAAGGCAAAUUGUGGUUUUCUUUGUGGAGCGAUGGAAAAAGAAAUGUAAUGAUAUCAGCAAAGAGAUUUUCAUACAUCAACCAUGGAUCGUGUAAAAUAAGAGUAGUGCCAAAGGCAAGAUCUUCUCAUUACAUAAUCAAAAAUGGAAAAUUUUCAAUGGAGAUUCCGUGUGGUCAGAAAUUGACACCAAUACAGACACGCAAGUGGCGAUCGAAUCGAAAAUCGAGGUUUCAGGUAGUAGCAAAAAUGUUGGAUGUAUCGAAUCUGAAGGUCCAAAUCAAGAUAAAACCUCAACUUUUACUUCCUGGAGAUAACUAUGGGGUUCAUCUAGUCUUUAAGUUUCGUGAGCCAGGAAAUUGUCUAGCUAAACACAUGUAUGUGAACCUAAAGUACAAGAGGGGGAGUGACAAUCUACAUUCGGAUUUCGCCACAUGGAGAGAAGACGGGUGGAUGAUGAUUGAAUUGGGCCAAAUCUUAAAUUACAAGGAAGAUACUGAAUUCGAAGUUUUACUGGAGAGCUUUUCGCGAAGCUUCUGUGGAAGUAGCGUCUAUAUUGAAGGCAUAGAGUUUCGGACCAUAGAAAAUGUAUAUGAACAAGAUGGGUCUAAAGAGAUUGAGAAAUAUCAGGAAACUCGAGUAUAUGAAGAAAUCAAGAAGCCGAAGGAAGUACAACACUCUCUAGUUGAAUCUAAGGAAAUAAUGAAGUGCCCGGGAAAUGCUAACGAGGGGCUCUUGCUAAAAGAAAUACAGUGUGAAAAGAUAUGUUUAAUGCUUUCAGAAAUGGAAGCUCCCUACAAGUCUUCGAAAGAAAAGCCUUUUCAUUUGAAAUAUUUAGCUGAGUCGAGAUUUCAAGGGGAAAUUGAGCUUUCAAAGCGACAAGUAUUUUGUAUUAAGGGCAAGAUAGAGAGCCAAACGUUGUCCCCAGCUAAAGAUUACAUGUGUUAUCUUGUAUAUAAGCUGUCAGAAACAUGUAAUGGGUUGCAUUGUCCUGUGAGAGUAAGGAAUGUUUUACAGUGGAAAAACAAAGAGGUUGGACUUAUUUGCUUUAGACCUUCAAGCCCAUGGAAUUCACCUGAUACGAUUGGGGUUCCAAAAGAAAGGGACGAUGGAUGGAUGGAGGUUUUUGUGUGGAAAUUCAACUCAAAAUGUGAGCUGAGAAGCAAUCAUAUUCCUAUGUAUCUGAAAUUCAUAACUUAUGAAGGAACCAUGUCCGGCCUUAUUGUAAGCAGUCUCGAGAUUCGGCCAAUGUAAGAGCAUCUGUCCGUGUAUUCUGCCCAUCCCCAUGUAGACUGUCACAAUACUGAUAAGUUUCUAAUUUCAAGCAUUUUUUUACAUUGCAUCUUAAUAGGUGCAAAUAUUUUUAAGUUUCUAGAGUUAAUUGCAUUUUUGGUCCCUGUGGUUUGUAUGCUUUUACAGGUUUGAGACUUUUUCAGGUUUCUUGGCAUUGUUGGUCCCUAUUUUUGGGAACCUGAAAAGGUCUCAAACCUGCAAAAGCAUACUAACCACAUGAACCAAAAAUGCAAUUAACUCAAGUUUCUACUUCUGGGUUCUAUUUGUAUGUCAAAUCUUAUUUGUUGUAAUUGGGUUACUUUGAGAAUGUAUAUAUUAUUUUUCCCAAAUUGGAAUAGUAAUGAAUUCCCACUUUAUAUACAUAUAGCGUUAAUAUUACACUAAA